GAGGCGGGAAUAAGAAGAGGAGUGCUGUACACUGAAUCAUACUCAGCUUCUACAAGAAGUUUUUGCGCAUUCUCUCUGCAACUGCAAUACUGCAAUGGCUCGAAAUAGGGAGAGCUUGAUUUUGUUGCUUGAUGUCGGUCCUUCAAUGCACUAUGUUCUUCCUGCGGUUGAAAGAUUCUGUUCGAUGCUUGUGCAGAAGAAGUUGAAUUAUAACAAAACUGAUGAAGUGGCGAUCGUCUUGUUUGGAACUGAAGAAACUGAUAAUGAGCUGACGAUAGAAGUGGGUGGAUAUGAGCAUAUUGUGGUUUUACGAAAGAUGAAGGUUGUUGAUGGAGAUAUUGUUGACGCGUUACAAAACCUCCCACGAGGAACUGUUACUGGUGACUAUCUUGAUGCUAUCGUUGUUGGUAUGGAUAUGAUGAUAAAGAAGUAUCAAAAGACAAACAAAGGGAAAAAGCGUCUCUGUCUUAUAACAGAUGCACAGAACCCUAUAAAAGAUCCUUAUGAAGGAAGCAAAGAAGAUCAAGUGAGCACUAUUGCUACACAAAUGGCUGCACACGGAGUGAAGAUGGAAACUAUUGUUGUGCGGGCAAGAUGGAGCAAUGAUACAGAUCAGAAAUUUGUAAAUGAGAAUGAUCGUUUGUUGCAUCUAUUUUCAGAGAAAAUAUCAGCCAAGACUGUGUAUGUCGAGAGUCCAAUUUCAUUGUUAGGUGCGGUUAGAACUCGAAGGACAACUCCAGUUACAAUUUUCAGGGGUGACCUUGAAAUCAGUCCCCAAUUGAAUAUUAAGGUAUGGGUCUAUAAGAAAACCUCUGAAGAGAAGCUUCCAACUUUAAAAAAAUACUCAGAUAAAGCGCCUCCAACUGAUAAAUAUGCUACACAUGAAAUCAAAGUAGAUUACGAGUACAAAAGUACUGAUGAUCCAAAUAAGGUUGUACCACCGGACCAAAGAAUCAAGGGUUUUCGAUAUGGACCACAAGUAAUUCCUAUAUCAUCUGAUGAGUUGGAAGCUGUCAAGUUUAAACCAGAAAAGAGUGUGAAGCUUCUUGGUUUUACUGAUGCUUCAAACAUAUUGCGACAAUAUUAUAUGAAAGAUGUCAACGUGUUUAUUCCUGAACCGGGGAAUAUGAGGGCUACAGUUGCUGUUUCUGCCUUAGCAAGAGCAAUGAAGGAGACGAGUAAGGUUGCGAUUGUGCGAUGUGUUUGGAAACAAGGGCAGAGGAGUGUUGUUGUGGGAGUUUUAACACCCAACCUAUCUGAGAAGGAUAAGAUUCCAGAUUCUUUUUUCUUCAACGUGCUUCCUUUUGCUGAGGAUGUCCGAGAAUUUCAGUUUCCUUCUUUCAGCAAUUUUCCAGCCCCAUGGCAGCCGAGCGAGCAACAGCAAGCGGCAGCAGAUGAACUUGUAAUGGCACUCGACCUUGCACCACCUGGCAAAGAGGAAAUUCUUCGGCCUGAAUUCACCCCAAAUCCUAUUCUGGAGCGUUUUUAUCAUCAUCUCGAAGUAAAAUCAAAGCACCCAGAUGCAGCGGUACCUCCACUAGACAGAACUCUCAAGACAAUAACUGAACCUGAUCCAGAACUUAUUUUGGAAAACAAGUCUGUUAUUGAUGCAUUCUGUAAAAGCUUUGAAGUCAAGCAGAAUCCAAAGCUAAAGAAGCCAAGUAGGCGAUUGCUGCGAGAGAAGCCUUCUGGCUCAGAUGAUGAAAUGGGUCUUGGUGAUUCGUCAAAUGCUUUGGCUAUCAAGCAUGCUGAGAGCAAUGUCGAGCAAAUUGGGAAUUCAACUCCAGUCCAAGAUUUUGAAGCCAUGAUGUCCCGCAGAGACGACCCCAAUUGGGUCAGUAAAGCUAUUAAAGGCAUGAAAGAGCAGAUAUUCAGCAUUGUGGAGAAAAUGCACGAAGAUGAUGAUUUUACCAAAACACUGGAAUGCUUGGUUGCCCUCCGUAGAGGUUGCAUCCUUGAGCAAGAACCAAAAGAAUUCAAUGACUUACUCCGUGAUCUUGUCAAAUUCUGCCACGAGAAAAAACUUGACAAAUUCAUAGAAUUUCUUGUGUCAAAAGAGCUCAUAUUGAUACCCAAGUCAGAAUCCAUAGACAGUGAGGUGACAGAUGAUGAAGCUCGAAGCUUUUGGGUUAAAAAGGAGCCAAAGUUUGAGUAGAACUGAACAAGAGUUUAUGGUGCUGGGCAGAAAUUUCAGUUGGCAAUUUAGUUAGUGUAAGAUUUUGGGCAAGAUACAUGUAUGCAUGUGUAAAGGCAAUAUAAUUUUGAUUUUACUUCUCUGAUUUGAAUGUAAAUCUGAAGCUGGUUCAGUCAUGAUGGAACAUGUAACAGUUAAUCAGUCUAAUUAUUCAGAUGGGGUCACUUCUGUA